CCAGCGCUGGGCCCCGGUUAAGGCCCCGCUCACCGUCGCCCGUACAAUGGAGGCGACGGUGGCGGCAGAAGUCGAAAAUGAGGAUGGCGACAGCAGCUGCGGGGAUAUAUGCUUCAUGGACAAAGGCCUGCGGAGCAUAUCAGAGUUAUCUUUAGAUUCAACUCUUCAUGCCAUCAAUCUUCAUUGCAAUAACAUCUCCAAGAUCAAAGCCAUUGAUCACAUUUGGAACUUACGACAUUUAGAUCUGUCAUCUAAUCAAAUAAGUCAAAUUGAAGGGCUAACCACACUGACAAAACUAUGUACUUUAAAUUUGUCCUGCAAUUUGAUCACAAGAAUAGAAGGACUUGAAGCACUAAUUAAUCUAACUAGACUGGAUUUGUCUUAUAACCACAUAAAUGAUCUUAGCGGGUUGCUGCCUCUUCAUGGACUUAAGCAUAAGCUUAGAUAUAUUGACCUACAUGGUAAUUACGUAGAUAGUAUCCAUCACUUACUUCAGUGUAUGGUAGGAUUACACUUCUUGACCAAUCUUAUUUUGGAGAAAGAUGGAGAUGAUAAUCCUGUCUGUCAUCUACCAGGGUAUAGAGCAGUUAUUCUCCAGACUUUGCCACAGCUCAGAAUCCUAGAUUGCAAGAACAUAUUUGGUGAACCAGUAAAUUUGGCAGAAAUAAAUUCAUCACACCUACAGUGCUUAGAAGGUCUUUUGGAUAAUUUAGUUUCUUCUGAUUCUCCUCUAAAUAUAAGUGAAGAUGAGAUCAUUGAUAAUAUGCCAGUGGUAACACCACCCAUCGAUGAAUUAGCUCCCUUGGAGCAGUUUGCAAGUACACCAGCAAACACCGUUUUGACGUCUUGUAUAUCUGUGUGUCCAUCUUCUGAGCCAGAGAAAAUUAAUCAUGAAAAUGAUUUUCAGAAUGAGAUGAAACUCCAGAAAUUAGAUGAUCAAUUUUUAGAGCUUCUCCAUGAAACAUCUAAUUCUUUAAUAGAUAAUGUUCCCGAGAAAGAGCUCCGACCAAAAAGAGACACAGAUAUAACUUCUGAAAGUGACUAUGGAAACAGAAAAGAAUGCAAUAGAAAAGUUCCUCGAAGAUCAAAAAUCCCAUAUUAUGCCAAAACUAUCCAAACUAUUAAGCACCACAGUAGGGGCAGCAACCCUUUUGUAAGUUACAAUCGUAAAAUGAGACAACCUUACCUUAAAGAAUUAUAUGUAAGAUCAUCUUUAGCAAACUGUCGUAUAUUACGAGAAUCAGAAGAGCCAAAGACUGAAAUAAUUAAAGUAGAAAAAAGUAGCUCAGAAGACAACACUUACCGGUCCCUUGUUGAACAGCUAGACCAAGAGAGAGAGAAGAGAUGGAAAGCUGAGCAAGCUGAAAAGAAACUUAUGGAUUAUAUUGAUGAACUGCAUAAGCAUGCAAAUGAGAAACGAGAUGUUCAUAGCCUGGCUCUACUUACCACAGAAAGGAAAGAACUUGACACAAGGGAGUUUUUUAGUGAUGCUGAGUUUCAGGAUGCAUUAGCUAAAGAAAUAGCCAAAGAAGAGAGAAAGCAUGAGCAACAUAUAAAAGAAUACCAAGAGAAAAUUGAUGUAUUAAACCAGCAGUAUAUGGAUUUAGAAAAUGAAUUUCGUAUUGCUUUAACUCUUGAAGCAAGAAGAUUUGAAGAUGUUAAAGAUGGUUUUGAAAAUAUUGCAACUGAGUUAGCAAAGAGCAAACAUGCUCUUAUUUGGGCUCAACGAAAAGAAAAUGAGUCGUCUUCUUUAAUUAAAGAUCUGACUUGUAUGGUGAAGGAACAAAAAACAAAACUUGCAGAAGUUUCCAAAUUGAAACAGGAAACAGCAGCAAAUUUACAGAAUCAAAUCAACACCAUUGAAAUUUUGAUUGAAGAUGACAAGCAGAAAAGUAUUCAAAUAGAACUUCUCAAGCAUGAAAAAAUCCAGCUUAUUUCUGAGCUAGCAGCCAAGGAAUCACUAAUUUUUGGUUUAAGGACAGAAAGAAAAGUCUGGGGACAUGAGCUGGCACAGCAGGGAUCUUCUCUAGCCCAGAAUCGUGGAAAAUUAGAGGCCCAAAUUGAAAGUUUAUGUAGAGAGAAUGAAUCUCUGCGAAAAGCAAAUGAAAGUGAUAGUGAUGCAUUAAGAAUAAAGAGCAAAAUCGUCGAAGACCAAACUGAAACCAUUAGAAAAUUAAAAGAUUGUUUACAAGAAAAAGACGAACAAAUCAAAAGAUUACAAGAAAAGAUCACUGAAAUAGAAAAAUGUGCUCAAGAACAACUUGAUGAAAAAUCUUUACAACUAGAUAAUGUACUUGAGAAAUUGGAAAGGCAUAAUGAAAGAAAAGAAAAACUAAAACAACAGUUGAAAGUAAAGGAAUUAGAACUUGAAGAAAUUAGAAAAGCUUACAGCACCCUUAAUCAGAAGUGGCAUGAUAAAGGAGAACUUCUGAGUCAUCUUGAAACACAAGUAAGAGAAGUGAAAGAAAAAUUUGAAAACAAAGAAAGGAAACUUAAAGCAGAAAGAGACAAAAGUAUUGAACUACAGAAGGAUGCAAUAGAAAAGCUUCAUAGUAUGGAUGAUGCCUUUAAAAAACAAGUUGAUGCAAUUGUUGAAGCUCAUCAAGCUGAAAUAAUACAACUGUCAAAUGAAAAACAGAAAUGUAUUGAUUCUGCAAAUUUAAAGGUGUAUCGAGUAGAAGAAGAAAUGCGUGGACUUCUGGAAGAAACAUGCAAGAACAAAAAAGCAAUGGAAGUAAAAAUUAAGCAACUUGCUUUUGCUCUAAAUGAAAUUCAGCAAGAAAUGUGAUGGUUUGGGAACAAAUAUAAUUGAAAUGGACCAACAAACCAAUUGUAAAAAUGAUUAAAUAUUGUAAUAGCAGUAACUGCUAUGACUUUGAAAUGUCUCUUUCUACACAUUUUAUUAUGAAUAUAUUUUAAAGUCUUUAUUAAUUGUAUAUGUAGGUUUUUAUAAUAAAGUGUUGAUAAUUAUGUGUAUUAGAAAAAAUUAUCAUAACAACGAGACACCACUUUUUUUGGUUUCUGUGCUAUAUACAUUAUUUGGUAAUUACACAUUUGCCUACAAAUUUGUAAAUGAAAAGAUUGGUAUUUUGACUAUAUGAGGGAAAGUAUUUUAAUCAUUGUUGUUACCUUAUUGUGUUGAUGAAGAACUAAAUAUAUUUAUUGGUUGUCUUUAGGUGAUGUAGCUCUAUUCUUUUAAAGUGCUUUUAAGUGUAGUCAAAGAGUAUUUGAAAUCUGUAUGAUAAAAGAUGUUGCAUUCUUAAGAAGACAUGUAGCCAUCUCCACAUCACUUAUAAUGACCCCUUUAUAAUAAUGCAUAUGGCUAUUCAUUAAAGAUUACAUUUAAGGUUUUAUAA